AGCAAAGAAAUGCUGUAAAUAAUUUUUAUUUUUUAAGUUCUGUUACCGGCACAAAUUGAAAGACAAAAUGACAUUAGGCACAUCAUAUGCUGAAACAAUGAGAACUUAUUUUCAAAAUAAUAGUAGAAUAAAGGAAUAUCAAGCUCAUUCUUCUAAGGUUCAUUCAAUAAACUGGAAUUCUGACGGAAGACGUCUGGCUUCUGGUAGCUAUGAUAGAACGGUUUGUCUCUUCGUUCUUGACCGGGAUAGACUGAGUAAAGAGUAUGUAUUUAAAGGGCAUGGUGAUAGUGUUGAUCAGUUAUGUUGGCAUCCUACAAAUCCUGAUCUGUUGGCUACCGCAAGUCUUGAUAAAACAGUAAGAAUUUGGGAUGCCAGGUUUCAAAAGUCUGUUGCCACUGUUCAAACUAAAGGAGAAAAUAUCAAUAUUUGUUGGUCGCCAAAUGGCCAGACAAUAGCAGUAGGCAAUAAAGAAGAUUUGGUUACUUUUAUUGAUGUCAGAACUCACAAAGUUAUAGCUGAUCAACAGUUUAAGUUUGAAGUGAAUGAACUUUCAUGGAACAAUGAUAAUUCCUAUUUUUUCCUCACUAAUGGGCAAGGAUGCAUUUAUAUUUUAUCUUAUCCAGAUUUGCAGAUAAAACAUAUAUUAAAUGCACAUCCAGCAAACUGUAUCUGCAUUGAAUUUGACAAAACAGGAAAAUACUUUGCUACUGGCAGUGUCGAUGCAUUAGUUAGCUUAUGGGAUGUAGAAACUUUAGUCUGUGUGCGAACAUUUUCUCGGUUGGAGUGGCCAGUGCGCACGAUCAGUUUUAGUUACGAUAGUUGUAUGCUUGCUUCUGCUUCGGAAGAUCAUCUAGUUGAUAUUGCUGAUGUUAAUACAGGAGAAAAGAUAGCUGAAGUUCCAUGUGAAUCUCCAACAUUUACAGUUGCAUGGCAUCCAAAAAGGUAUCUUUUAGCAUUUGCCUGUGAUGAUAAAGAUAAACAUGUGAGAGAAAGAGAUGCUGGAACUGUUAAAUUAUACGGUCUUUCAUCUGAUUCAUAAAUUCAGGGAUUUAUUUAUAAUGAAUGAGGACAGAAUAUGGAAUUCGAACUGUUAUUCUUUCAUUUUACUAUUAUUUUGUUCUAAAUGUAUAAAGAACUAUUUAUUGCAGCUGUUUCCUAAGCUUGUGUUGUUAUAUCAUCUUUCAUUUCUUUUUCAUUGUAAAAGAUAUAAAUAUAUUACCAUCAUCAAGUUUCUGGAAGUUAUAUUUUUGUAUACUGUUAAGGAUUUCAUAUUUAGAUCAUAUAAAGGUAAUGCUGUUGUCAUCCACUGUGUCAUAUGAAUGAAAGAUUUUUCAUUGUUGUUAUUUUUUAAUUUUAAUCUCUGAAGUGUAAAUAUUCACUGUACAGAUUGUAUUCUGGAAUUUGUAUUUUUAUGUGUUUAUAUUGACAAUAAAGCAUUUUUUAAA